AUGUUUAAUUAGGCUAUAAUCAAAACUCAUGGUAAGUCUAAUUUUCGGGACAAACCGGACAGGAGUCGGGACAACUGCUCCUAAUUCGGGACUGUCCCGAAUUUUUCGGGAGGUCUGGUCACCAUAGCUACAUGCUAGCACAUCAAAGCUUCACUGACAAAGUACUCCCGCCAAAAUGGAGUCACGGGAGGCCCAGAUCUUAACAGCAGACUCCACCCACACCGGCUGCACAUAUUCGUUCUCCUGCUUCUCCAGUCUUCCUCUUUCCCUGUCAGUGCCGUCGUUAUUGCUUAACUCUGUCUAAUGUGGCUUGUGUCGCUAAAAUAAUGACUAACACUGGAGAGGGCGACGAUGAAUUUCAGUUUCUACGAACGGGAGACGAGGUGGUUUUGCAGAGUACCUUCACCUCCCAGGAGGAACAAGUAAAGCUCUGUCUUGCUGCUGAGGGAUUUGGCAGCAGACUUUGCAGGCUCGAGUCCACUUCUAACUGCAAGAAUGUUCCACCAGACCUGUCUGUAUGUGGUUUUGUCUUGGCCCAGUGUCUCUCUGUUAGAGCCCUGCAGGAGAUGUUGGCCCACAGUAAGCACCUGGCUGCAGAGGUGGGAGCUGGAGGAAGCCAUCGCACCCUUCUUUAUGGCCAGGCAGUCUUGUUCCUACACUCAUACAGUGGCAUGUAUCUCAGCUGCUUGUCUUCAUCACAGUCUUCGACUGACAAGCUGACUUUUGAUGUUGGUCUCCAAGAGGAUAAAGCAGGUGAGGCAUGUUGGUGGACUGUUCACCCAGCAUCCAGACAGAGGUCAGAAGGUGAGAAAGUGCGUGUUGGAGAUGACCUCAUACUGGUCAGUGUUUCCUCAGAGAGAUAUCUGCACCUGUCCUUUGGCAGUGUAUUUGACAACAGAAACUUGAGUGACAGCCUGAUUGUUAACGCAGCCUUCCAGCACACUCUGUGGAGUGUUGCUCCCAUCUGCUCUGGAGGUGGAGUUGCUCAAGGAUACCUGAAGGGGGGCGACACGUUGCGACUGCUCCACAGCCAUAGUGACGCGUGUCUGACUAUUCCAUCCGCAGAGCAGGGAGAAGAGCUGCAAAGGAUAAUGCACUAUGAGAUUGGAUCAGUCUCCAGCCAUGCCCGCUCUCUCUGGAGGCUGGAGAUCCUGCGUGUUGUUUGGAGUGGUAGACACACAUGUUGGGGGCAGCCUUUCCGACUCUGCCAUAUGACCUCUGGGAGAUACCUGGGUCUUACAGAGGAGAAGGGCCUGUAUCUGGUUGAUCGGGACAAGGCUGACAUCAACACAACCUCCUUCUGUUUUCGAUCAUCAAAGGAGAAGCUCGACACUGGCACAAAGACUGAUGUUGAUGGCAUGGGGAUCCCAGAGAUCAAGUAUGGAGACUCCAUUUGUUAUGUUCAGCAUGUAAACUCUGGGCUCUGGCUCACCUACCAAGCUGUUGAUGCCAAAUCUACACGCAUGGGAGUGGCUCAGCGAAAGGCUAUUUUACACAGCGAGGGUCAUAUGGAUGAUGGGUUGACGCUGUCUCGUUCUCAGAGCGAAGAAUCUCACACUGCCAGACUCAUUCGGAGUGCUAUUCUCCUCUUCACUCGCUUUAUCAGGAAACUGGAUAGUUUUAGUGAACAAGGAAACGUCACAUCUGUCAGCCUGCCAAUGGAGAUGGUAACACGUAGUCUGCAGGAUCUUAUAAACUAUUUCCAGCCUCCACCAGAGGGGCUACACCAUGAAGAUAAACAGAAGAACAUGAUGGCUCUAAAUAAUCGGCAGAACAUGUUUCAAGAAGAGGGUGUGAUAGAUUUGGUUCUAGAUUGUAUUGACCAUCUACACCAAUGUAUUAGUGCUUCUCAUUUUGCUGAGGCUGCUCACAGUGACACGGGAGAAGAGUGGGAGACCAUCAUCAACCGUUUCUAUGACCUAUUGGCUGCUCUGAUCCGGGGAAACCGUGUAAACUGUGCACAUUUCUCAGGUUCUCUGGACUGGCUGAUAAGCAGGCUGGACUGGCUGGAGGCCUCUUCUGGAGUCCUGGAGGUUCUGCAGUGUGUCCUAGUGGAAAGUCCUGAAGCACUCAAUGUCAUCAAAGAAGGACACAUUCAUUCUAUCAUCUCUUUUCUAGACAAGCAUGGAUGCAACCACAAGGUGCUGGAGGUGCUGUGCUCUCUGUGUGUGUGCCAUGGUGUGGCGGUGCGGUCUAAUCAGAACCUCAUCUGUGACAACCUGCUGCCAGACAGAGACUUGCUGCUCCAAACACGUCUGGCUAAUCAGGUCACCAGCAUGAGACCGAACAUCUUAUUGGCUAUGGGGGAAGAUUCCGCCCAGCAUCGGAGGUGGUACUAUGAGCUGGUUGUGGAUCAUAUCAACUCUUUCCUCACAUCUGAGCCCACACACCUGCGUGUUGGUUGGGCUUGCACUGAGGGCUACCAGCCCAGGCCCACAGGAGGCGAAGGCUGGGGGGGCAGCGGGGUCGGAGAUGACCUCUGCUCCUAUGGCUUUGAUGGACUUCACCUCUGGUCAGGCUGUGUCGGCCGCAGAGUGAGCUCUCCCUUCCCUCACCUGCUGAAAGAUGACGAUGUGGUCAGCUGCUGUCUUGACCUCAGUGUUCCCUGCAUCUCCUUCCGGGUCAACGGUUUGCCUGUGCAGGGCAUGUUUGAGAACUUCAGUGCUGAUGGACAUCUUUGUCCUGUGGUCAGCUUCUCUGCUGGAGUCAAGGUUCGUUUUCUGUUUGGGGGAAGGCACGGGGAGUUUCGCUUCUUGCCCCCACCAGGUUUUGCACCAUGCUCUGAUGCUCUGCUCCCAAGGGUCAAGCUGAAAGUAGAGCCAUGUCAGAAAUACAUCUUUGAUCAAGGAUAUGGGAUACAAGAGCUCAUUGGCCCCUUAGUACCUGCCACGCCAGUGACUUUUACUCCCACACCAGUAGACCUUGUCAAGGUGGAAUUGCCCCCACAACUUUUGGAUAUCCGAGAAAAAAUGGCUGAGAAUAUCCAUGAACUCUGGGCAAUGGACAAAGUUGAUCUUGGAUGGACACACGGCCCUGUGAGAGAUGAAGUUAAGAGGCAUGAUCCCUGUCUGGUGGAGUUCUCCAAGCUCCCAGAGCAGGAAAGGAACCAGAACUUUCAGAUGGCUCAGGACACCCUCAGGACUCUCCUUGCCCUUGGUUUCAACAUUGGUUGGACUGAUGACCACGCUGAGGAGAGAGUCAAAUACAUGAGACUAGCCAAUAAGUAUGAGCAGCCCAGUGGCUAUAGACCUGCACCAAUAGACUCGAGCCAGGUUGUUUUAAGCCCAGCCCAUGAGGAAGUGGUUAACUUGCUGGCAGAGAAUGAUCACAAUGUGUGGGCCAGAGAGCGCAUCAAGCAGGGAUGGACGUAUGGAGCCCAACAGGAUGUGAAAGCAAAGCGGAGCCCAUACCUUAUUCCUUACAACCUUCUUGAUGAAAGGAGCAGGAGAGUGGGCAGGGAGAGUGUCAGGGAAGCUGUCUGUACCCUGCUGGCUUAUGGUUACAGCCUGGAGCCCCUCAACCAGGAAUGGACCACAUUAUCAAAUCCAUGUCUCUUCUCUGCUGAGAAGUGCAGAGUGUUCAGACCAGAUAAAUCAUACACUGUAACCCGGGGGAAGUGGUACUUUGAAUUUGAAAUAGUGACAGCGGGGAAUAUGAGAGUGGGAUGGUCCCGACCAUGCUGUACACCAGAUAAAGAGCUCGGCUCAGAUGACCAGGCAUAUGUCUUCGAUGGAUUUGAGGCUCAGUGGUACCAUCAGGGCGUUGAGCCCCUGGGACGUCCAUGGCAGAGGGGCGAUGUGGUGGGUUGCUUGGUGGACAUGGCUGAAUGCACCAUGAUGGUCACGCUCAAUGGAGAGGUGCUGUUUAAUGACAGAGGAUCAGAGCUGGCUGCCAAGGACUUCGAUAUCAGAGACGGCCUGUUGCCUGUGGUCAGUGUUGGGGCGAACCAGGUGGGAAGGCUGAACCUGGGCCGACAAGUCGACUCUCUGCAGUACUUCACUGUGUGUGGCCUGCAGGAGGGCUAUGAACCAUUUGCUGUCAACAUGGCCAGAGAGCCAGCCCUUUGGAUGAGUUGGAAACGGCCUCAGUUUACCUCCAUAAUGCCUGAUGAUCACAACAUACAGGUCACUAGAGUCAGUGGCUCAACAGAUUCCUUAUCCAGUCUGAGGGUCUCUCAUCGACUGUUUGCACACCACUGUGGAGGCAUUGAGAUGGGCUUUUACCGGCUCAGCAUGUCCAUCGAAUGUGCUGCUAUUCUCACCCGGCCUGCUGAGGGCGUGCUUCCAGUUGCCUCCAACUCUCUCUGUCCAGGAAGGAAAGAGCAGGAGGAGGUAGACUCUGACUUUGAAGUGCUGAUGAAGUCAGCCCACAGCUUUGCUGGCUCAAGAGAUGAGCUCAACCAUAAGGAUCACAGUCAAGAGAAACCUUCAAGAUUGAAACAACGGUUCAUGCUGAAGAGGACUAAACCAGGCCUGGUCAGCAGCAACUCAUCUGCGCGGCUUCUAGAAGAUGUUGUAGCUGACAAAGAUAACUAUGAUCACCUUAUGCAGAGCUCCAGAUAUUAUUACUCAGUGAGGGUUCUUCCAGGCCAGGAGCCGUUCAAUGUGUGGGUAGGCUGGGUGACCUCUGACUUUCAUCAACAUGACACGACUUUUGACCCUGGCAAUGUCAACACAGUGACAGUCACCCUUGGAGAUGACAGCGGUAAAGUCCAGGAAAGUGUGAAGCGGUGUAACUGUUACAUGGUUUGUGCUGGAGAGGCAACGGGCUUGUCUCAGAGUCGGAGAAGUGCAGGGUUGGAAAUUGGCUGUUUAAUCGACACAGCCACCGGGCUGCUUACCUUUACCUCCAGUGGAGUGGAGAUGGCCAUCUUCUACCAGGUGGAAGCCAGUACAAAGCUGUUUCCUGCUGUUUUUGUCAAGCCCACCACCAGCAACAUGUUUCAGUUUGAACUGGGAUGCAUUAAGAAUGUGAUGCCACUGUCAGCAGGUUUGCUUCGCAGCCAAAGAAAGAAUGCCACUCCUCAGUGUCCUCCAAGAUUACAGAUCCAACACCUAAGCCCGGUUUCGUGGACCAGAGUACCAGACCGUGCUUUAAAGGUGAUGGUGGAUCGGCCAGAUGAGUGCCAUGGCUGGAGAGUCCAAUGCUCUGAGCCCCUGCAACUCAUGACCCUCCUGAUCCCUGAUGAAAACAGGUGUGUUGACAUUUUGGAGCUGUCAGAACAUGAUGACCUUUUGACCUUUCACCAUCAAACUCUUCUGCUCUACGGCUCUUUAUGCGCCCUUGGGAACACCAGAGUUUGCCAUGCCAUCUGCAGUCACGUGGACCAAUCUCAGGUCCUUCAUGCCAUUCAGAAUCCUUACCUUCCGGGUUCACUUCGCUCUGCAUUUUACCAGCUACUUAUUCAGGUUCACCUCAGCAGCCACACCACAGCAUGUCUCAUGAUGAACCACGAAUACAUUGUGCCUAUGACUGACCAGACCAGAGAAAUCAGCCUAUAUCCCAGCACUGUUAAUGGUGUUAAUGGGGGGAGUGGUAUUCCCAGCACUAGCCUUAGCACAUCCCUUAAACCUCGGAUGCAUUUCUCAUGUCCUUGCUUUGUCAGGAGGGAUUGUGCAGUUGAAAUAGCCUGCAGAGACAGCCCAGAAAUCCCUCUGGACAUACUGAAGAACCUGACUGUGGAGAUGCUGACUGCCGGAGUAUGUGCUGUGGGUCAGGGUGUGAGGGAUCCUGUAGGAGGCAGCAUUGAGCUUCUGUUGGUUCCCCUAAUUAGACUGUUCUACACCCUACUGGUAAUGGAAGUAUUCAGGGAUGAGGAUCUAGGGAAAGUUCUGAGACUGAUAGAGCCGGGAGUCUUCUCUAUAGCCAAAACCCCUGAGGAGGAAGAGGAAUCUAGGGAUGAUGAAAACGAAUGGAAGGCGGGCAACAAAAAAGAUGACGAUACCCAUAAACAAGGACUUCUGCAAAUGAAGCUUCCAGAAGCUGUCAAACUUGAGCUCUGCCAUCUGCUGUCCUACCUGUGUGAUUGCCAGGUGCGCCACAGGGUGGAAGCUGUGGUUGCCUUCUCUGACAAGUUUGUGGGUCAGCUACAGGAGAACCAACGCUUUCGCUACAACCAAGUCAUGCAAGCACUUAACAUGUCCGCCGCUCUCACUGCACGCAAGACCAAGGAAUUCCGCUCACCUCCACAGGAGCAGAUCAACAUGCUGCUGAGCUUCAGAGAGGAUGAGCAGAAGGAGAACUGUCCUUGUCCAGUGGAAAUCCAACAGCUCCUGCAAGACUUCCAUCACCUCCUCAACACACACUGUGGCAUUGAAUUGGACAAUGACAAAGAGGAUGAAGAGGAGGAUGCUAAGAUGUCUGUAAAAGAUCGACUUCUCAGUCUAGUGGUGAGAGUCACUGGACUGAAGACACCCAUAGAAGUGGAGGAGAGACCGCAGAGUGUCAAGUCCCUCAAAAAGCUGAUCUCUGAGACGAUGGUGCACUGGGCUCAAGAGACUGAGAUAGAGGACCCAGAACUGGUUAGGGCUGUCUUCAGAUUGCUGCACUGCCAGUAUCAGGGCCUUGGGGGCCAAAUGGCAGGAACCCUCUGCAGAACCUAUACCAUCAGCCAGGAUUCAGUAGAGGACACCAUGGCUCUCCUGUCCUCCCUGAGCCAAAUUCGCUCUCUCCUUAGUGUUUGCAUGGGGAAAGAAGAGGAGAGACUGAUGAUCAGAAGACUAGGAGACCUCAUGAAUAAUAAAAUUUUCUACCAGCACCCCAACCUAAUGAGGGCAUUGGGGAUGCAUGAGACUGUGAUGGAGGUGAUGGUCAAUGUUCUAGGAGAUGGGGAGUCAAAGGAGAUUACAUUUCCCAAGAUGGUGGCCAGCUGCUGUCGAUUCCUGUGUUAUUUUUGCCGAAUCAGCCGCCACAAUCAGGGAGCCCUUUUUGACCACCUCAGCUACCUGCUGGAAAACAGCAGUGUUGGACUAGCUUCACCUUCCAUGCGUGGGGCCACUCCUCUGGAUGUGGCAGCAGCCUCUGUUAUGGAUAAUAAUGAACUGGCCUUAGCGUUGAGGGAACCUGACCUAGGGAAGGUGGUUCAGUACCUUGCUGGCUGUGGUCUCCAGAGCUGUCCAAUGCUAUUGGCAAAAGGCUAUCCUGAUAUUGGAUGGAACCCUGUUGAGGGCGAGCGUUACCUGAAUUUUCUACGUUUUGCUGUCUUCUGCAAUGGUGAGAGUGUAGAGGAGAAUGCUUAUGUGGUGUUGAGGUUGCUGAUUCGUCGGCCUGAGUGUUUUGGCCCUGCCCUGCAAGGUGAUGGGGGACACGGUCUCCUAGCAGCCAUGAAGGAAGCCAUUAGGAUCUCAAAGGACCCUUCUAUGGACGGACCUUGUACCACUUACCAGUCCAACAGAACACUGCCCUGCUUCAGAGACGUUGCCCAGGACAUUGAUGAUGACCUCAUUCACAUGGGGCACGCCAUCAUGACCUUCUACUCAGCCCUUAUCGACUUACUGGGGCGUUGUGCUCCAGAGAUGCAUUUGAUUCAAGGAGGCAAAGGAGAAGCUAUCCGCAUCAGGGCCAUUCUGAGGUCACUCAUCCCCAUUCAGGAUCUUGAAGGAGUCAUCAGCAUCUCCUUUCAAAUACCUUCAGUGUCUAAAGAUGGUCUAUUGGUUGAGCCUGACCUAUCCACAGUGUUCUGCCCAGACCACAAGGCAGCUAUGGUUCUGUUCUUGGACCGGGUUUACGGCAUCAAGAACCAGAGUUUUCUUCUCCACCUACUAGAAGUUGGCUUUCUGCCUGACCUUCAGGCAGCAGUCUCUCUUGACACUGCUGUCUUAGGAUCCACUGAUAUGGCUCUGGCCCUCAACAGAUACUUGUGUACAACUGUGCUUCCCCUUCUCACCAAAUGUUCAGCUCUCUUCUGUGCUUUAGAGGACCACACUUUGCUGGUGGAUUCUCUCAUCCAGACAAUCUACACCCUCUCCAGGGCUCUUAGCUUGACCAGGGCUCAGAGAGACACUAUUGAAGAUUGUUUGUUGGCUGUGUGCAGUAAACUCCAACCAUCUAUGAUGCAGCCUCUUCUUCGACGUCUUGUCUUUGAUGUUCCCCAUCUCACAGACGACAGCAAGAUGCCACUAAAGCUCUUGACCAGUCACUACGAGCAGAGGUGGAAGUACUACUCUUUAACUGGAGAGCAGGGUGACCAGGAUUUGGCCUCUGAAGAGGAGCUCCACCUGUCGAGAAAGUUGUUCUGGGGUGUGUUUAAGGCCUUGGCAAAAAAGCCCUAUGAUCCUCAGUUAUUUAAGCUGUGUGUCCAGUGCCUGGCUGCAGUGGCCAAGGCUCUGCCUCCUGACCACAUGGACUCAAGCUGCAUGUCCCAUACAGAGAGAAAAUCCUCCAUGGGUACAGAAGGACACUUUGACCCCCAACCUAUAGAUACCUCCAAUGUGUCAGUGCCAGAGAGACUGGAGUUUGUAGUGAACAAGUAUGCAGAGCAUACUCAUGAGAAGUGGUCACUGGACAAGUUUGCUAAUGGCUGGGUUCAUGGGGAGCAGCUAUGUGAGAACAGCAAGGUUCACCCUCUCCUCAAGCCAUACAGGGCCCUGGCUGAGAAGGAGAAGGAGGCAUGCCGCUUGGCCAUUAAAGAGACAAUAAAAAGUAUGCUGGCCUUUGGAUGGACCAUAGAGAGGACCAAAGAAGGAGACACAUUUGGCAUGCAUACCUGUACACGCAGAAUCUCUCAGUCUGGACAGCUGUCUUUUGAAGGAGCAUCAACCUUCAGCCCCAAACCUAUGGACAUGAGCAGCAUCACGUUAUCAUGGGACCAGUGUGCUAUGGCAGAACAGUUGGCUGAAAACUAUCACAAUGCCUGGGCUAAGAGGAAGAAAUUAGACCUUGAGAGUAAAGGGUUUGGCCAUUCAAUGCUUGUACCCUAUGAUACAUUGACUGCCAAGGAGAAGACCAAAUUCAGAGAAAGAGCCCAGGAUGUCCUCAAGUUCCUUCAGCUCAAUGGCUACACUGUGUGGAGGGAUCGGAAGACAGCGGAGAUGGACUUUCCAGCCAUAGCCAAUUGCUUUAGCUACACUCUCCUUCAGGUGGUGCUGUCUCACACUGAGGAUACCCAAGAGCACAUGUUGGAGCUGGAGGUGAUGCAAGCCAGAGGACAGAUGUCUAAAGGAGAGAGCGCUCCACGCCAGCAACCAAUACAUUUUUUCCCCAAGGUUGUCCUUCCUCUUUUGGAACAAUAUAUAAAGAGCCACCGUCUGUAUUUCCUGUCCACUUCGCUCUCAAGUGUCAAUAGAAGCCAUGCCUCAAAAAAAGAAAAGGAGAUGAUUGCAAGCCUCUUUUGUAAGCUUGCAGCUCUGGUAAGACACAGGAUCUCACUCUUUGGAAACGAAGCCUCAUCAUUUGCCAGCUGCCUCCAUGUUUUGGCUCAGGCUCUGGAUGCCAGGACAUUAAUGAAGUCAGCCCCAGAGUCUAUCCAAGCAUCUCUGCAUUCAUUCUUUGAGGCAGCUGCAGCUGAUCUGGAGAUGACUGUAGAAAACCUUUCUGUGACCUUGGUCUGUUUGCCUCAGAGUAGGACUCAACAGGCUAGGGGAGUGGCCAGAGUUGUCAGCUACACAACCUCCAUUCUUCUCCCUACCCUCACUUCCCUCUUUCAUCAUCUCAGCAUCCAAAACUAUGGAGUGGACCUCCUGGUGGGGAGGAUCCAGGUGUACUGUUGCAGAAUCCUCAACAGCCUCUACUCUCUUGGCACCAGUAGCAGCAUCUACAUGGAAGGACAGAGGCCAAUGGCAGGCGCUUGUCUGGCAGCCCUGACUGGGACUUUUCCGGUGUGCUUCCUGGAGCCAGCCCUAGACCUGAACAACCCUUACUUCAUCUACAACACUAUGAGUGCUAUUGAGAGAGAAGACCUGGGGCUGCCAGAUCAGGUGGAGGACAUGUUUCCUCUCUUACCUUCUCUGGAACAGGCUCUAGAGGAAGUGGAGGAGUUGGCAGGCGCUGGUGCCGGAGCUCGCCAGGCCCACUACAUCCAUGUCACGGAGGUCACCUUACCCAUGCUGUGCAGCUACAUGUCCCUUUGGUGUCGCUGGGGCCCUGACGGCCAGCCAGACAGUCCAAUUUGCUCCACUAUCAUUCCUCAGCAUGCUAGCGACCUACUUGGCCAUAUCCUUCGUAUUAUCCACAACCAUGUGGGUGCUAGCCAGGGUGACUGGAUGAAACAGCUGGCAGUGUUUUCUCAGCCAAUCAUACGCGAAGCCCGCACUGAGCUGUUAAAGAGCCACUUCCUGCCACUGAUGGAGAAGCUGAGGAAGAGGGCCGAAUGCCUGCUGCUGGAGGAGGAGCACAUGAAAGCAGAAGGGUGCGAUAUCGCCGAAGCAGAGUUGCAGAUACAGGAGAAGUUCACUGUGCUGGUGCGAGACCUCUAUGCCUUCUAUCCUCUCCUCAUCCCAUUUGUGGAUUCUAAUCGAGCCAGCUGGCUGAAAAAGUCAAACCCUGAUGCUGAGCAGCUGUUCAGCAUGGUGGCAGAGGUCUUUAUGUUCUGGGCCAAAUCUCAUAAUUUCAAAUGGGAGGAACAGAACUAUGUAGUCCAACAUGAGAUCAACAACUUGGCUUUCUUGGUCAACAAUUACAAAAUGUCCAAGUUCGACCAUGAAAAGAGGAUGAUAAAGAGGAAGGGGGAUCGUUAUUCUACACACACCUCUCUUAUUGUGGCUUCCAUGAAGAGACUGCUCCCUGUGGGACUCAGGGUUUGUCUUCCAAGUGACCAGAGCCUUAUCACAUUGGCUAAGAACAGCUUCACUCAGAAGAAAACUGAAGAUGAGAUUCGAGAGCAAGUUUUCAAUUGCCUUUUACAUCUUCAGAGUCAGGCGUCAAACUUCUUGAGGCAGGAGACCCUUCAUGCAGAACACCUGAGCCAACUAGGGGCCAUCACUCACACCCAAAGGACUGUAGAAAAGAUUUUGGAAAUAGCUAGAGUCCUAUAUUACCUGGAUCAGGUGGAACACCCGCAGAAAAGUAAAAAACCUGCAUGGCACAAGGUCUUAUCCAAACAGAGGAAACGAGCAGUGGUGGCCUGCCUAAGGAUGGCUCCCCUCUACAACCUACCCAGUUCUGUGGCUCAGGAGAAGGAGAUGGUGAAACAGAAGUUGCUGUACCAGCAGGCCCGGCUGCAUCGUCGUGGAGCUUCUGAGAUGGUGCUGCAAACCAUCAGUGCCAGCAAAGGGGCCAUGGGCUCCAUGAUUGCUUCUACAUUGAAGCUGGGGAUUGCUGUUCUCAGCGGAGGAAAUGCCACUGUUCAGCAGAAAAUGCUGGAUUAUCUGAGGGAGAAGCGAGAUGUUGGCUUCUUUCAGAGCAUGGCUGGACUCAUGCUGUCCUGUAGUGUUCUGGAUCUGAAUGCAUUUGAAAGGCAGAACAAAGCAGAAGGAUUAGGCAUGGCCAUGGAUGAGAGCUCAGGAGAGAAAGUGAUGCCUGACAAAGAUGUGACCUGUGACCUGUUCCGUUUUCUACAGCUUCUCUGUGAAGGACACAACUCAGAUUUCCAAAAUUACUUGAGAACACAAACAGGCAACAACACUACUGUCAACAUCGUAAUAUCCACCGUGGAUUAUUUACUGAGAGUACAGGAGUCAAUCAGUGACUUCUACUGGUACUACUCUGGGAAGGAUGUCAUUGAUAUACACGGCCAACACAACUUCUCCAAGGCUAUCAAAGUGGCCAAACAGGUCUUCAACACACUCACUGAGUACAUACAGGGCCCAUGUACUGGGAACCAACAGAGUCUAGCUCACAGUCGUCUGUGGGACGCUGUUGUGGGAUUCCUCCAUGUCUUUGCCCACAUGCAGAUGAAGCUGUCUCAGGAUUCAAGGCAAAUUGAGCUUCUAAAAGAGCUCAUGGAUUUACAAAAGGACAUGGUCGUUUUUUUGCUUUCCAUGUUAGAAGGUAAUGUCAUUAAUGGAACUAUUGGGAAGCAGAUGGUGGAUAUGUUGGUGGAAUCAUCAGGCAAUGUGGAGAUGAUCCUCAAGUUUUUUGACAUGUUCCUCAAACUUAAAGACCUCACCUCCUCAGAUGUUGUCAAAGAGUACGACCCUGACCGUGAGGGCUGCGUCUCCAGGAAGGACUUCCAGAAAGCCAUGGAGAACUGCAAACGCUUCUCCCAAUCUGAGACUCACUUCCUCCUCUCCUGCAUGAAGACUGACGAUAGUGAAAUUGUGGAUUAUGAGGCAUUUGUGGAUCGCUUCCAUGAGCCAGCCAAAGACAUCAGCUUCAGCAUUGCGGUUCUCCUCACCAAUCUAUCCGAACACAUGCCGAAUGAUUUAAGACUAAGGACAUUCUUGGAACUGGCAGAUUGUGUCUUGACAUACUUCAAGCCCUAUCUAGGACGUAUUGAGAUCCUUGGCAGUGGGAAGCGCAUUGAACGUGUCUACUUUGAGAUCAGUGAAUCCAGCCGCACACAGUGGGAGAAGCCUCAGGUCAAAGAGUCCAAGAGGCAGUUCAUUUUUGAUGUGGUCAAUGAGGGUGGAGAGAAGGAGAAAAUGGAGAUGUUUGUCAAUUUCUGUGAGGACACCAUCUUUGAGAUGCAGCUUGCAGCCCAGAUAUCUGGCUCUGACACUGGAGAGAGGUAUGCUGAAAAAGGAGUAGAAGAGAAGAGGAAGAGCGAAGGAGAUCUGGACAACAAAGGAAUGUUUUUCAUGUAUCAUUGGUUGUUAUUGCUGAUAUCUCUACUUUCUGUCAAAAACCUGAAGACACUGAUGAAGAUGACCCUGAAGGAAAUCCUCAUAUCAGCUGUUUUCUUCCUCAGAUUUAUUUUUAUGGCUCAGGUUCGAUGUAUUUGUGUCGUCAUUCGCAGCAUCUUAUUUGUGCUGUACAUAUCCUUUGUUAGUGGUGGGCUCAUAGAGGGAGCCAAGAGGAUGAAUAUAUCGGACUUGCUCGGUGGGAUCCUUGAGCCAACUCUUGAUGAAGUCAUGGAGAUGCCAAGUGGUGUGGAUCGGCUGCGGAAGUACUCUGCCAGUUUGUCAUCCCAGAGAGAAUUGAGGGAGAUUGGGCAGGUGACAGCUUUGACCUCCCACAGGGAGAUGGAUGUACUCUCAGACAUAUUCGGCCUGAAAGUGAUGAAGGAGGGAGGUCAAUACAAACUUAUAACACAAGACCUCACUGCCAGUCUGACUGACCUGUUCAACACAACUCCCAGAACAAUUGCCACUGCUGAUUUUUCUGACAAGCAUCAGGGGAUGCAACCUAAUGCCCACACCGCCGCAGAGGAAAAAACAGAAGAUGAGAAAAUGCCUGAAUUAGAGAAAGCAAAAGAGAAGGAAUCUAAGAAGAAAACUGGGAAUGUGAAAGCAGAUGCAGAAUGGAGAGCUAAGUCAGAGGAACCAGAGAGCCAGCAUUCUCCCCUCUGGGAGAUGAUAAGCACUCAUAACAAGAGCCUGCUGAAUUACUUUGCAAGGAAUUUUUAUAAUAUGCGCUUGGUGGCUCUGUUUGUCGCCUUUGCAAUCAACUUCAUCCUCCUCUUCUACAAGGUAGCAUCGUUGCCUGCAUCACAAGAAGAGGAAGGUGUAAUCACAACUGUUUACAAAGAGGAACGGGACUCUGCUGCUGAAGAUGACAAUGAGAGCAGAGUUUAUUUUGUGCUGGAGGAGAGCAGUGGAUACAUGGAGCCAUCCCUCCGUUUCCUAGCUGUAGCACACACAGUCAUCUCCUUCUGUUGUAUUAUCGGUUACUACUGCCUCAAGGUCCCAUUGGUGAUCUUCAAACGUGAGAAGGAAGUGGCACGAAGGUUGGAAUUUGACGGUCUGUACGUUACAGAGCAGCCCCCUGAGGAGGACAUCAAAGGGCAAUGGGACCGACUGGUCAUUAACACACCAUCAUUUCCAAGUAAUUACUGGGAUAAAUUUGUGAAGAGGAAGGUGAUGGAUAAGUAUGGUGACUUUUAUGGCUGUGAGAAGAUCAGUGAACUCCUUGGCCUUGACCAAGCUGCUUUAGACUUCAGCUCUGAGAGAAAAGAGAGGAAGAGGCUUAAGAGAGACACUGUCUGGAGCGCUUUAUUAAACUCCAUUGAUAUGAAGUACCAGGUCUGGAAACUAGGAGUUGUGUUCACUGAUAAUUCCUUCUUGUACUUGGCCUGGUACAUGUCCAUGUCGGUCCUGGGUCAUUAUAACAACUUCUUCUUUGCCGCCCAUCUUUUGGACAUUGCCAUGGGCUUUAAGACACUUCGUACCAUCCUUUCCUCUGUCACACACAAUGGCAAACAGUUGGUCCUGACUGUGGGCCUGUUGGCGGUCGUUGUGUAUCUCUACACUGUCGUGGCUUUCAACUUCUUCAGGAAGUUUUACAACAAGAGUGACCACAAGGACACCCAAGACAUGAAGUGCAAUGACAUGCUUACUUGCUACAUGUUCCACAUGUAUGUGGGAGUGCGUGCAGGCGGGGGCAUUGGUGACGAGAUCGAGGACCCUGCUGGAGAUGAGUUUGAGGUGGAACGCAUGGUCUUCGACAUCACGUUUUUCUUCUUCGUCAUCGUCAUCCUCCUGGCCAUCAUCCAAGGUUUGAUAAUUGAUGCCUUUGGGGAGCUGCGUGACCAGCAGGAGCAGGUGAAAGAGGAUAUGGAGACCAAAUGUUUUAUAUGUGGAAUAGGAAGUGAAUACUUUGAUACAGUCCCUCAUGGCUUUGAGAUGCACACUCUACAGGAGCACAACUUGGCCAACUAUCUAUUUUUUCUCAUGUACCUUAUUAACAAGGAUGAAACUGAACACACGGGGCAGGAAUCCUAUGUGUGGAAAAUGUACCAGGAGCGUUCCUGGGAAUUCUUUCCUGUGGGAGACUGUUUCCGUAAGCAAUAUGAGGAUCAACUGGGAUGAAAAGACAUCUGAGAGAUCUAAAACCUCCUUAGAUAAUGCCAUCACACAGAUGCCGUCUUGAUUUUUUUGUCUUUGUACUAUAUUUGAAGUGAAUUUUGAGUGAUUUUCUCUUGAAGUGUACUUUAUUUAUGCACAAGUAUUUCUAAAUUAUAUUAGACUAAUUAGACUAAAUUAACUAACUAAUGAAUGAGGACCAGAGAUUCAUGUUCAGAUACAGAGAAUCUGUGGGCACGAUGUUUCUCAUUUAAGUGGUUGCUUGAAUGUACAACAAAUGUAUUCUGAGUAAUGUGACAGUUCACUGUUUUAUACAUUAUUAUGUCAAGCAGUCAAAGCUGGCAAUACAAAUUCAAUUCCACUACA